ACAGAGUACACUUUCUGGGUGGCUGUUCUCAGCGAUGUGCAGGAGUUCAACAGGAGCGACCCCGUGCGGACAAGAACAAGAGAAGCAGACCCACUUCCUCCUACAAACGUCAUAAUAUGGACGAUGUCUUCCCGACAACUGCGCCUGACCUGGGAGGGGCCCGCUAGAUGGAACGGCCCAGUGGGUGGUUACGUCAUCACCUUGAAGCAAGUCGUCAUCACAGGAGAGAUGACGUCAUUGGCUACCCUUAGGGUACCAAACCACGCCCACAACAGUCACGUGUUCGGAAACCUCCAACCAAAUACAAGAUACGAGAUAUAUAUCAGGUCUCAUAACGGAGUUCACUACAGCAAUGCUGUUAAUGUCAGGGCGUCGACAUUAAAUUCAGAAAAUGCUGACAUAAAAAGACUAUAUGGUCCAAUGAGAUACUCUCUAUCGGAAGGGGACGGGUUUGGAGCAGAUAAAGUCGCCAUAUUGGUUCUUCUGCCGACUGCAGCUUUGUUCACCCUCAGCAUAGUAUUCCUGGCAUAUUACAGGAACAAACAACAACAAGAGAACACAACUGAAGUGGCGUGCUGACAAGAUGUAAUACAAGGCACCAGUAGCUGAUAUAGAAUUUUAAGAACUUUUCAAUAUC